GGGCAGUGGUGGACAGAGACAAGGGCAGGCGGAGCAGAGCUCUCCUGCGGGAGACAUGAGACCUUAGAGGGGCCACUGAGGGCAGCUUGUGAGCACCUUUCCUCACCGGCAGAAGUGAGGAACGAUGAAUUGGGCAGGCCUCUACACGGUGCUGAGCGGGGUGAACCGCCACUCCACUGCCAUCGGGCGCAUCUGGCUCUCUGUCAUCUUCAUCUUUCGGAUAAUGGUGCUGGUGGUGGCAGCCGAGAGCGUCUGGGGGGAUGAGAAAUCUGCCUUCACUUGCAACACCCAGCAGCCCGGCUGCAACAGCGUCUGCUAUGACCACUUCUUCCCCAUCUCCCAUAUCCGUCUGUGGGCCCUACAGCUCAUCCUUGUCACCACGCCGGCGCUCCUCGUGGCGAUGCACGUGGCCUACCAGCAGCACCAGGAGAAGAAGCUGCUGGUGCUGACAGGACACGCAGACCCCAAGCACAUGGAGGAGGUGAAGAAGCAUAAGAUGCGCAUAUCAGGCUCGCUGUGGUGGACAUAUGUCUGCAGUGUGGUCUUCAGGCUGCUCUUUGAGGCUGUGUUCAUGUACAUCUUCUACAUGCUCUACCCGGGCUACCAGAUGGUGCGUUUGGUCAAGUGCGAGGCCUACCCCUGCCCCAACACCGUUGACUGCUUCAUCUCCAGGCCCACUGAGAAGACAGUCUUCACCGUCUUCAUGCUGGUCACCUCCAGCAUCUGCAUCGUCCUCAACAUGGCAGAGCUGGUCUACCUGGUGGUGCGGGCCUGUGCCCGCCGAGGCCAGCACAACUCCAACCCGUCGUCAUCAAAGGGCUCCUUCUACGGGCACAAGCUCUCCUCUGAGUACAAGCAGAACGAGAUCAACCAGCUGCUGACGGAGCAGGAUGGCUCUCUCAAGGACAUGCUGCGCCGCAACCCUGGGCUGCAGGAGAAGGGCGACCGCUGCUCUGCCUGCUAGGGUCAGCGCUGCAGGGGCCCUGGUCCUUGUCCCCAGGCCACAGCCCCCCCAUUGCCCUGUGCUGUCCCUGUCCUAUGGAUAGCAUCCCUCAGGGGCCGGACAGCCAGGAGGGCAUCUUAGGCCAUUAAAUCUCCAUUCUCA